AUGACUACUGCGGCUAGGCCUACUUUCGAGCCUGCUCGUGGUGGACAGGGUCGUGGAGAGAAUGAUUUAUCUGCGAUAUCGAGGCAGUACUCGAGUAGAGACUUGCCUUCUCAUAACAAACUUAAGUACAGGGAACAUGGGCAGGGGACUUCAGAAGAACUGCGCUCUCGAGAUUUCCGAAAGGAGUUGGAAGAUCGUGAGAAGGGGAAGAGUGGAGCCCGUGAGAUGCGCAUUCCAGAGACAGUGACACACAAGCGACCCAAAUUGGACCAGGUGCCAUCUGCCAGCCUGGAUGCAGAUGAUCCAAUUGAGGAGGAAAAUUCUGAUGACCCUGACAGUGAUGAAGACAUAGGACAGCUUCUGGCAGAGUUGCAACGCAUUAAGAAGGAGCGCUCUGUGGAGCAAGCCAAGCAUGAAACUGAGAAGCGGCAAGAAGAAGAAAGAAUUCGAAUGGCAAAUAUCCUUGGUGGGAAUCCAUUACUCAACUAUGGUACCCAGGUUCAGAAAGGAGACCUAACGGUGAAGCGACGGUGGAAUGAGGAUGUCCCCUUCAAGAACUGUGCACGAUCUGAGCCAGACAAGAAGAAGCAACAAGAAUUCAUCAAUGAUUUACUGCGCUCUGAGUUCCACCGCAAAUUCAUUAAAAAAUAUGUUAAGUGAGCACUUGCACUUCAAACCUAAUAGGCAGAUAUGCAACGAAUAAUGGAAA